CUGCCAUUGUUUGCUUUUAGUAACAUACAGUUGUUAAUUUAUAUCAUAAAUAAAGUGUUCUACAAAUUUUGGAACUCAGUUGGAUUAGUAAACAAACAUGGAUUUCAUUGACGAUUUCAUCGAUGAGUACAAGAGCAAUCCGUGCUUGUGGAAAGCCGAUUCGGUGGAUUUUCGAAACAGAAUAAAACGACAAGAAGCGUAUAUAAGAUUAAUUGCUGUGGCCACCAAACAUGGAGAACUGUACAACGUUGAAAGGACCAAGCAAAAGAUUAACAAUCUGAGAUGCGCAUUUCGUCAUCAGCUACGCAAAUAUAACGAAGUGAAGAAGAAAGGGGAAAAGUAUGAACCAUACUGUCCAAAGCGAAGAUAUUUUGAAUCUCUUAUGUUUUUAAAGGACGAGGAGAACCCCGAAAAAAAAUCAAAAGUUGAAGAUAACCAACCCUUACAAAAGACAUCAACAACAGACAUCACUGUAGCGCAACAGGAAGCUUGUGAGGAAUUCUCCGAUGCGGAGAGUUUGCCAAAACAAACGAAAAGCGAUAACAAAUCAUCGCCCAGCAAUCAUCAAAGCGCGAACGAUUUUUGUGCCAAUCUAUUUGAGGAGGUCGAGGUUGAUCCCAUUAUCAGUAUUCAAACCGUUAAUUCUAACAAUCAGGCAUCCAUUAAGGAAGUUGAGGUAAUAAUGCCAGCCAAGAACAACAUUAUCGCCGAAAGGAGAAAAUCAUUAAACCCUUCUGCCAUCACAAAUUCGCUGAACGAUAAAAUCAACUCUACCGUACACAUAGUGGAAUCAAACCGAAACCAACGCGUUCCCACCUGUCCCAAAUACAUCAAGAGCAAUCGGAAGCGUUCGUCAUCAGCAUCGUCCCAGGUAUCCGAUGACAAUGAAGCGACGCCGCCAGGAAAAUGCAGGGCGGACAUUUCGAACAUCGAUUUUGAUCGGCUCUUUUCACUGGCGCUUAAAAAUGCGGAUGGUCCGUUGGAUGAUCAUUUCACAAAUUUUGGAAAAGUAAUUGCGCACAAGUUGCGAUCGAUGGAAAAUACACAAGCUAUUUAUGCUGAGAAAAUUAUUGCUGAUGUUCUUUAUCAGGGACAGAUGAAAAUGUUGUCUGCAUUAAGUAUAACUCAAUUCCUAGGUGUAGAUAAUACAACUGUUUAUGUUGAAAGUCCUCCAAAAUAAUGUGUUUAUUUUAAGCUAAUGUUAUAAUGAUAAUAUGAAAUUAUAUACUUACAUUUUGGCUACCAAA